AUGGGUCAAGGCCAGUCUGGUAUGGGUGGUGAGGGGGGACGGAAUGAAAAGGACAAGAAGAGCAGCACAACUAAACAUUCAUUGCAGAAGGAUAAGCCCAAGUACGAGCCCCCGCCGAGGCCAACAACCCGGGUCGGCCGCAAGAAGAGAAAGGCUGGCGGUACUAGCGCUGCUGCCAAGCUCCCUGCCGUCUAUCCCACGAGCCGAUGCAAGCUUCGACUGCUUCGAAUGCAGAGAAUCCACGACCACCUGCUCCUCGAAGAAGAAUAUGUCGAGAACCAAGAGAGACUGCGCAAGGCCAAGGCCGCCAAGGAGGGUCAGACUGCCGGCCCCGACGUCGAUGUCGAUAGGUUAGCCGACGAGCGGGGCCGUGUUGACGACAUGCGAGGAAGCCCAAUGAGUGUUGGCACAUUGGAAGAGCUCAUUGACGACGACCAUGCCAUCGUGAGCAGCACUACGGGUCCUGAAUACUACGUCAGCAUCAUGAGCUUUGUCGACAAGGACCUUCUCGAGCCUGGCGCUAGCGUUCUGCUGCACCACAAGAGCGUCAGCAUUGUUGGAGUCUUGACCGAUGACACAGACCCCAUUGUCAGCGUCAUGAAGCUCGACAAGGCGCCAACGGAGUCCUACGCUGAUAUCGGUGGUUUGGAGCAGCAGAUUCAAGAGGUUCGAGAGUCAGUGGAGCUGCCACUGCUUCACCCCGAGCUGUACGAGGAGAUGGGUAUCAAGCCCCCCAAGGGUGUCAUCCUAUACGGUGCUCCUGGUACCGGAAAGACCCUUUUGGCAAAGGCAGUUGCCAACCAGACAUCCGCUACGUUCUUGCGUAUCGUGGGCAGCGAGCUGAUUCAGAAGUAUCUGGGAGACGGCCCCCGGUUGGUGCGACAGUUGUUCCAGGUUGCUGGUGAAAAUGCACCCUCCAUUGUUUUCAUUGAUGAAAUCGAUGCCAUUGGUACAAAACGAUACGAUUCUACGUCAGGAGGAGAGCGUGAAGUUCAGCGAACCAUGCUGGAGCUUCUCAACCAGCUUGACGGCUUCGACGACCGCGGCGACGUCAAGGUCAUCAUGGCAACCAACAAGAUCGAUACGCUUGACCCUGCGCUUAUCCGACCCGGCCGAAUCGAUCGAAAGAUUCUGUUUGAGAACCCCGACCAGAACACGAAACGCAAGAUCUUCACCCUACACACCUCCAAGAUGAACCUGAACGAUGAUGUGGAUCUGGAUGAAUUCAUCUCCCAGAAGGAUGACCUGUCUGGUGCCGAUAUCAAGGCCAUCUGCUCAGAGGCUGGUAUGAUGGCUCUACGAGAGCGACGCAUGCGGGUGCAGAUGGCGGAUUUCCGAUCUGCUCGAGAGCGGGUGUUGCGUACCAAGCAGGAGGGUGAGCCGGAGGGUCUGUAUCUGUAA